GCCACUCUAUUUUUCAUAUUGCUCAGAGACAUGUAUAGCUGUACUCUAGCUGUUUAAAAUGUUGCUCUAGUGUGUUAAGCUAUCAUUCUGACUUAAGCUUCUGCCUCAGCUGGGUGUUUGUUUCUUUUUCCUGAACUUAAUUAUAUUCUGGAGAGUUUCAUAGAGUUUGAUUUUUAUGACCAAAUUAAAAAAAGAUACAGAAACUAAUGAUUAUAAUUGGAAGAUGCAAUAAAUCAAUCAGUCGUUGACUUGGAUUAAAAUAUGGCAGUGUGCUUGUUUAAGCACACACAAUGAGUGAAACAGAGCCAGUUUUGGAACCGAUCCCGGUUACUAAGGACUUACCAGUUGUCAAUGGCAAAGAGAACUAUGACAUUCAUGAUUUGAAAUCUGAGUAUGCUAAUGGACUACAAGAAUCAGAUAUGGAUCAUGAAAAUAAAACUGGAUUGAAUGGAGAUAUUGACAGUGACGAGGUUGAGGUAAAUGGUGAUAAUGAAGCAGAACAUAGAGUUAAUGGUGGAAUGGAGGAUGAAGACUCCAUAGGUGGUGAUGAAUUACCCCCACCUCCUGAAUUGGUUCCCGAGUUACCUCCCCCACCAGCUGAGACUGGAGUUGAGGAGCGUGAAGGUGAGGCAGAGGAAACUGAUGAAGUGCCAGCUGAACUCAUUAAUGAUGAGCCUGUUGAUGAAACGGCAAUGGAUGAAGUUAUUGAAUCUAGUGUCGAUCCCGAGGUAGUGGAUGAUCAGUGUAUGGAUGAUAACGAUGAACUUAUGAAUGUAAGUGAUAAUGAUGAGGCAAAUGCUAGGCAAUCACUUGAACCUCCUCAGAGAUUGACAGAUUACUUGUCCGAAGAAGAGCUUGUGUCAGAUGGUGGACUAGAGGAUGAGCAUGAGAAGCCCACAGAGCAAGAAUGCGAAGAGACUCAAGAGCAGCUCAUUGACUUUGGGGAAACAAAGCAUGAGUCAGACGCUGAUGAGCCAGGACUGGAACCUGAGGUAGAAGAGACUGUUCACCAAGAAGAUCCUGUGCCUGGAGAUGAGCCAGUGGAAGUCGUACAUGAAGCACCUGUUGUAGAGGAGCCUACUUCUGACACAGAGGAGCCAACAGAAGCAAAACAGCAGCACAUGUCAUACUCAGAGCCAGCCAUUGUUAUAGACAACAAGCCAGCUGAGGAAGACGAGGAGGAAACACCUCCCCCACCACCACCUCCACUUGUUAAUGAAACUCCACCACCUCCACCACCACUCGAUGACAGUGUUCCUCUCAAAAGGGUCAGUGGUGGGUCAACACCAAGCAAAGAGUCAAACCAGUCUCUAGAGUCACCCACUCCUCCAAGCCAAAGUGUAGCAGUAGUUCCCCCACAACCAGAAAUAAAACCUGUUGUCAAACCAUCGCCUGAGCUUGAAAGAAAAGAACCUGAGCAGGAACCCAAAGCUGCUCCUCCUGCCCAACCAGCUCCUUCUGCUCAACCUGUUGCCAUAGUAACACAACCUGUAGCCAUAGUAAUACCACAGGUAAAGUCUGAUGAGGAAGCUAGUCCUCCUGGUAGUCCAUCUACCAGUUCAAGUGCAGACAGGCCAGAAACAGAGCAACCGGAUCAGUUGUCAAGUCCACAGGUCUCACAAAAGAUUAAUAAAAAGAAUUUCAAGAAUAAGAUCAAAUUUGGAAUGGAUCUUGUUGAAGGGUCACUCAAGCAUUUGCAUUUCUUGAAAACGGUUAACAACAACCCUGGUUUGUAUGAAGAAUGGUUAUUCAAGAAGGCUAUAAGAAGGUAUGAAGCCUUUUGGCUCCCACUUGCAGCAGAACACAAAAAGGAGUGUUUAGCUGCACCUUUAGAUAUUGAAUGGAUCUGGCAUUGUCACAUGCUUUCACCAGUAACAUAUGAAAAAGACUGUAAAACACAAGUGAGAUUGUUAGUGGAGCAUAAAGUCAUGAGUGAAAAAGAUAGAACUAAAGCUUUAGAAAAAUCUAGGAAAUAUUGGACUGCUAAGUAUCCAAAGGAACCAUUUGAGAUAGAACUGGUUUACAAGGAGUCAGUCAUUAAGGAAGAAAUCCCUGUUGCCCUAGGGGAUGAGGUUGUUGCAGAGAAAAAAGCUGACGGUGAGACUGAGGAAGUUAAGACUGAAGAGAAAACUGAAGAAACAGUGGAAAAAGACAACAAUGUAGCAGUUGCAGAGGCAAAGGCUGGACAAACUGAUAAAAGUCUAACAGACGGGGCAGAUCAGCCUUCAACUUCUGAACAAGCACCAGCAGUCACAGAACAACCAGAACCUGAACAGGCAAUGGAGGCAAAACUUACCAAAGAACCUAGUGAGCCGAAGAUUCCAGAGGAAGGUUACGAACAGAGGUCAUCAUACCACAUAUUUGCUGCCAUAUGUCGCCAGCGCGUCUUCUACUACCAGACCUCGCUGGCUCACUACCAUGACAAGACCUUCCUCAAGGCCGCCCAAAAACGCUACCAGCGCUUCCUGUUUCUCAAGCACCAGAACCCAAGUGAGAUGUUGGUGCCAUGUUACGAUAUUGAUCUUAUGUGGCAUACGCAUAUGCUGCAACCAUCUGCCUACAAACACGACACAACAAAAGUGCUAGGUCAGACUCUUGUCCAUGAUGAUUCAGUCAACAAUCGUGCAGCUGGUUCAGCCCUUGUCCGCGCUGACAACAGGACAAGGGACUUGUGGAAGGAGCUAUUCAAUGAUUCAUUCACAUCCUUUGGGGGCAUGUUUCGAGGUGAUCCACCCAUAUUGUGCGAACGAAUGUCACUCAUUGAACCAGUUGAAACUUACACAUUCAGUACAAAGAAAGCUACAAUCAACCUGGACAAAGUUCAAAUAGAAGGCCUUCCAGAGGAGGUGAACAAAUAUAGUGUAAAACUGGCAAUCGGCACCAACGAAAGAGAUGGUCCUGUCAUCAAACAAUUGAAGGGAAACAAGAAAAAGAUCGAAUUCGAAAACACUAAAAAGGGAUUAGCCCACUUUUUGUUUGACACAAAGGAAUAUGAUAGAAUCAAAUUCAACAUGACCAGCCAGGUUGGCUUUGCCUGCACAGGUCACGAUGAAGACAUCGGUCAACAAAUGUUCCAUCUGAUGCCAGUUGUCGAGGGAAUUCCAAUGAACCAAUCGGAGCCCUCCAAUCUCACGGAUACGGUUACCAUUGAUUAUGAGCACAAUCUCAAGGCCACCUUUACCGCCAGCAUUGAGCCUCCAAAGCAGGGCCCAACGAUGCUGUUUCUGGUGCCUGGCAACUAUGAGACAAGGUUCUGCAUCAUGCCAGAGCAGGUGGUGCAGAUGUGGGGCCCAGUUCCGCUGCCACGGUUACCAGCUGGAGCAGACAAUCACUGCAUCAUUGCAUCUCACAAGUUCAUCAACCACACAGGUGAGAUGACAUUCUCAUGCCGGGUGAUCCACAGCCUGCCCCUGCUCAUGUCUGCGGUCCAAGUGCUCUUCCAGGGACGUAUGACUGCAGUCGCCCACCUAAUUGGCUCAGACCAGAUCCCUCUACCUACACAGCUGUCAGAUUCCAAGAAGAUAUUUUCGUUGAACCCUGGUGACGACCAGAGAGGGAUAGUGAUAAAGAACCAGACUGGGGACUGGGGUCUGAUCAGGGGACAGUGGACUGGCUUCAGGAAACACCAGCCUGCUGUCGCUGCAACCAAAGGUAAGAAGGCAAAGAAGGAGGUGCCAUGGUGCCCAGGUACCCUGUCUGUGUCCUUCUACAAGUGUUCCACAGGCGCCUGGCAGCACCUUACCCUGCCCUACCAGCAGGAGAACUACAGGUUCAACAUUCAGGACGCAAGUGUCGACCUUCGCACUGGAACCAUAGAGAUCGACAGUGAGUCCAACGAGGUGGCAGAGAAUCUGGCCACUGCGUUCUCCGUGGCCCUGCUUCAUGUGCUGCUACAGCCCCGUUACCAGCCCCCUCCGCCCCCUGAGCCAGUACCUGUCACCGUGGAGGCACCGCCGCCAUACACAGCCCCUAGCGUAGUGGAAGAGAAAGAAAAACCUGGAGAAGAGAAACAGGCUGAGGAGAAGGAAGAGGACAAUGUGGAGAAAGAACAAGGAGAUGAUCAGGAUGUACAGGAGGGUGAAGGAGCUAAGGCUGAUGCUGCAGAGGCCGCGGAAGAGAAGCCCCAAGUUGCUGAGGAGAAGGUCCAAGAGCCUUCCACCCCAAAAACCCCUGAAGAGCCCUGCCAGGUCAGAGCCACCGCCGACGCCAAGCAAGAAGGUCAAGGAGAUUCCACCAAUACCCACCUUUGACCUUGGGCUGGUCAUUGCAGCAGGUUUUUGUGUUGAGACUGCAACUAACGAGCACAUCAAAAAACAAUAUGGGGAGAAUGCCUGUGCUGGAUGUGUAGCAGUCGGGAUGGAUGUUGGCAUCGGACACAUCGGGGAGGCUGUUGAAAUUGAG